AUGUCCACGACACAGAACCCUAUUAGCAAGCUGUCAGAGGAGUCCUACCAAAUGUACCGCCCAGGCGGAUAUCAUCCCGCCAGAUUGGGGGACAUGUUUGACGGAAAGUAUCAGGUCGUUAAAAAGUUAGGCUACGGUGAAUAUUCAACAGUGUGGCUAGCUCAUGAUACAAAAACCGAUGAUGUUGUUGCCUUGAAAGUCCUCCAAGCGGAAUUUAGCAAAGCUGAAAAGAAAAAUUUCGAGGUCGAAAUAUUACGAUUCAUGAAAAACGAUAGCUCUACACACCCUGGGAAGCGACAUAUUCUUGGUAUUUCCGAUGAUUUUCAGCACCAUGGCCCCAACGGAAACCAUAUUUGCUUAGUCCACGAAGCAACGGGCCCAGAUCUAGCGAGAUUCCAGCGUCGGUUUCCAGAGGCUCAACUACCAGUGCCGAUGGUUAAAAGGAUUGCGAAGCAAUUUUUGCUAGGACUUGAUUACCUUCACCGUUUCUGUAAAAUCGUUCAUACCGAUAUAAAACCUGGGAACAUUCUAAUCGAAAUGAACGAAAAUGAGCCGAUUGCCUUGCAUAUCCCCUCUGCGGAUGGAUCAGAACCCGUGGAUUUUUAUAUGGCUUCUGAGCCCCUACCUAUGAAUAGUGAUGCCUCUAAUACUGGUAUAUUCUUGGCUGAUUUUGGCACAGCUAGUUGGGCCGACAAACACCUAACGGAGCUCAUUCAGCCGCGCUGUUUACGCGCGCCGGAAGUCUUACUUGAGGCUAAAUGGGACUCAAGCACUGACAUAUGGAAUGCAGGAUGCGUGAUAUAUGAGCUUAUGGAAGGCAAAAUUUUGUUUGAUGGCCGUCCAAGUGCGGAUGGGAGCUACGCUCCAGAGCAUCAUUUGUCCCAAAUGAUGGCUCUUUUUGGCCAGUUUCCAAAAGGAUUACUCGACAAGGGCAACGCGUCAAAGAAGUACUUUGACUCUGAAGGUAAUCUCAAAGGCAUCCCCGCGUUAGGUGGCUUUUCAGUGGGCGGAUUUAUCGAGAACAAGGGUCUUUCUGGUCAGGAAAAGUUAGACUUUGUUCACUUCCUUGAAUCCAUGCUUGUUAUUGCACCAGAGAGGCGAAAGCCUGCACACGCAUUGCUCGAUGAGCCAUGGUUGAACAAAGAGUAUUGA